AUGCCACCCCGUCGUAGUAUGAGGCUGCGUGCAGACGUCGACCCAGCUCCCGUAGGUGAGAAUGUGGCGGACCCACCACCCCCUCCUAUUGGUGAUCAGGCAGGGGUAGUUCCUCCAUUUCCUCCAGCAGCAGCUCAGGAGCUGGCACUGAUCAAUAACACAGCGGGGGUUGGCGGUGCACAAACUCAGCCACCCCGACACCUUCAUACUCCCCAAAGCGAGGCUCAAUUCAUCAAGGAUUUCAAGCGUUACGGACCCCCUACCUUUGGCGGGGGAAGUGAGAGAGCGACAUUAGCAGAAGAGUGGGUCAGAGAGUUGGAAGCCCUUUACGCGUACCUAGGUUGCGAGGACCAAUUCAAGGUUAAGGGUGCGGUUUUUAUGUUGAGGAGCGAGGCUCUGAAUUGGUGGGACUCAGUAGCAGCGACAGAAGAUCAUGCCAAUGUACCAGUUCCGUGGGCAAGGUUCAAGAACUUGUUGUACGACCACUAUUACCGGGAGACCGUGGAAGAUAUGAAAGAGGUAGAAUUCCUCCAUCUCGUCCAAGGAACCUUAACUGUAGCACAGUAUGAAAGGAAGUUUACGGAGCUCUCUAGUUUUGCUCUGGAAUUAAUUCCCACUGAGGCAAUGAAGAUCAAGAGGUUUGUUAAGGGCUUGCACAAGGGAAUAAGAGGAUCAGUGGACCUUCAGCGACCCGUCACCUACGCUGAAGCAGUUAGGGGCACCUUAAUUAUGGAUAAGGAUGUCUCCAACAGGGUCCAACCUCUGGUGGAAGUCGGAUCGUCUUUAGGUGUGAAAAGGAAGGUCCCUCCGACUUAUGCCGACCAGCCAUUUAGAGCACCCCAGCGCCCGGCUCAGCAGUAA